GUAAACUGAUGCUGGUUGUCUGGGGUGGGGAGAGGGGGGUUCUGCAGCUACGGGAAGGGGGGCGGGGCUGGGGCGGCUGGCGGGGGCCCAGCGCAUAACUCUGGGCGGUUGCAGUCUGGGGCCGCAGACACCCAGCCACUCUGAGCAGAACUGACAGCAUGAAGGCACUCCUGGCCCUGCCGCUGCUGCUGCUUCUCUCCACGCCCCCGUGUGCCCCCCAGGUCUCCGGGAUCCGAGGAGAUGCUCUGGAGAGGUUUUGCCUUCAGCAACCCCUGGACUGUGACGACAUCUAUGCCCAGGGCUACCAGUCAGACGGCGUGUACCUCAUCUACCCCUCGGGCCCCAGUGUGCCUGUGCCCGUCUUCUGUGACAUGACCACCGAGGGCGGGAAGUGGACGGUUUUCCAGAAGAGAUUCAAUGGCUCAGUGAGUUUCUUCCGCGGCUGGAAUGACUACAAGCUGGGCUUCGGCCGUGCUGAUGGAGAGUACUGGCUGGGGCUGCAGAACAUGCACCUCCUGACACUGAAGCAGAAGUAUGAGCUGCGAGUGGACUUGGAGGACUUUGAGAACAACACGGCCUAUGCCAAGUACGCUGACUUCUCCAUCUCCCCGAACGCGGUCAGCGCAGAGGAGGAUGGCUACACCCUCUUUGUGGCAGGCUUUGAGGAUGGCGGGGCAGGUGACUCCCUGUCCUACCACAGUGGCCAGAAGUUCUCUACCUUCGACCGGGACCAGGACCUCUUUGUGCAGAACUGCGCAGCUCUCUCCUCAGGAGCCUUCUGGUUCCGCAGCUGCCACUUUGCCAACCUCAAUGGCUUCUACCUAGGUGGCUCCCACCUCUCUUAUGCCAAUGGCAUCAACUGGGCCCAGUGGAAGGGCUUCUACUACUCCCUCAAACGCACUGAGAUGAAAAUCCGCCGGGCCUGAGGGGCUGGCCCCCUCAGGCACCUUUCCUCCCCUGGACACCCAUGGUCUCCAUGAGUGCUCCCUCUGCUGCCCCUGAUGCAUGCUUCUGCUGAUUCCCGAGCACCAACUCCUUACUAGGGGGCCUUGUGGCUCUCAGCCAUGCCUCAUCCCUGUCACACACCCAGGGCAUCCAUUCCUAAGCCAGACCCGGCUCCCCUACACCUGAAGUUACACUGCCAGCAGUUCCCCAGGCCUCUUCCGAGAGGCACAUGGUUCUAGCCUGGACCUGGCUGGGCUCCAUGAGAAUGAGUUGCCUCCACCCUGUCCCAACAGCUGACAGCCAGGAGCCACUCUCCCAGCUGCAGGCCUUUGUGGUCCAUCUUGUCCUGCUUCCUCACUGUGGACCCCUGUCUGGGCCACCCUAGUGUGCUAAGCUGAGCAGUGCAGUGUGAACAGGGCCCACGGUGUAUUCUAGGCCACAGCCCAGCACUCCUCUGGCUGCUCUCAAACCAUGUCCCAUCUUCAGCAUCCCUCCCACCAACUUACUCCCCCGUGGUGAGUACCGUGGAACCCCAGCCCACCUCACUAUCAUACUCAGCUUCCCCGAUGGCCCAUCCCAGCCCCUGAAGCUCUAUGCCAAGAACACAGCUACCGCACACCACCCUGAAACAGCCACAGCCAAGGUAGGCAUGCAUAUGAGGUCUUCCCCCUACCCUCUGGGUGUUGAGAGGUUUAGCCACAUGAGGGAGCAGAGGACAAUCUCUGCAGGGCUGGGAGUGGGUAGGGACUGAAGGUCUCAAUAAACCUUCAGAACCUGAAUGAACUGGCUUCAUACACACAAACAUAUUUGCUUAUCCCCCAAAUGUAGGCACCUGGCUCCUCCUUGCUCCCCUGCUGAUGGUGUCCUACCCCGAACUCCAAAAAUUACACCUGGAGUCAGGUGCAGAAGGGAACCUUGUAUUUCACAGGCCUCAUUUUGAUGGCAAAAAGACAGUGUAAUAAUAACAUAAUAAUAAUAAAAAUAUAAUACUGAAAA